AUAUGCAUGAGAAGGCUGCCAACACAAUUGAAAAACAAAUUCCCUCCACUGUUAGAAAGUCUUUGGAUUUAGAACUUCAUGACAAGGAGCCUGUGGAAGCUGUGAAUCCCAUUGUGAAUUUGAAUGCUACUGAGAAGGGUCAGCCAAUUGGCCCUGUGGUUGUUGAUCUGGAAAUCCAGAAGGGUGAAUUUCAGGCACAGACAAUUGGGAAAGAGUGUCAUUUAGCUUUAGGUUCAACCGAUAACGUUGUAGCUAUUGCAACAGUUAUAGAAGUCAAUAAUGAAAAUAACAGCCACCUUAUCCAUGGUGUUCCAUUGGGCGAGGGAAACAUGCGUGUAUCGAUUGUACGCUCUCUAGUGGAUGAAGCCAAGCUUCCAUUUCCAAUCGAAAAUGAAAUAAUGACGGUUCGUGAUGCUAUUGGGACUUAUGUGGCUUGGCCUAAAAACCUUAUUGUUUUUCCAGUACAGUUUCAGAAAAUGGCAGCAAAGAGUAGAGGAAUGAGAAAGAGAAAAAGUGCAGAAGAAGAUGAGUAUCAUGAAGAAGAUAUAGACAUGGCAUCAUUGCCAACAACCCUCCCUCCCUCCCUUAAAGUGGUAUGCAUAUGGGCCAAAGAAACACUCACAAAUGGGAAGACAAUUAUCUGCAAUUUUGAUGAAAAGAUUUUUGGACAUUCGUUCAAAACUUGUGUGAAUAAAAACGAUGUUAAUAACUUUGUUACCAUGAAGGAAGUAUCGGGCAGCUGCAUCAGCAUCUAUAUGAGCCACCUUUAUGGUGUGUUGAAGAAGUCAAAGAUGGUGGACAUGGUUGGAUUUAUGGAUAGUACAAAAACUGGUGCCAUUGGGUGUGGCAAUCCAAUUGAGCGUUCCCGUGCAAUAGCCGAUAGGCUGAAAAAGGCAAAGCGCGGCCAGAUUAUUUUGUUGCCAUAUAACUCAGGUUGUCACUGGAUGCUGACUGUAAUAAACUCUGAAGAAGACAAUGUCUACUUCAUGGACCCAUUAAAGAGGAGACUAAUUACGGGAGAGUGGAAGAACAUUGUUGACAACGGCAUCAAAAUAUAUAAUGCACAAGUCAAAAGGCAGGGCAGAAAAGCAACUACCGGGAAAAACUGUGCGGGUAUUCCGGAGCAAAAGACCGACAAGGAUUGUGGAUAUUUUAUAAUGAGAUACAUGAAGGAAAUAGUGGAGGAUAAAACGUUGGACAUUUUCAGCAAGUGGGAGAGAAGAAGUAAAGCAACAUAUUCCCAGGAGGAUAUCGAUGUGGUCAGAACUGAGUGGGCAAAGUUUGUGGUUAAAACAUAUAUGUAAGAUUUGUGUUGGUACUUCUUGGAGACCUAGUUCAAAGUUUGUGGUUAUGUUUUGGUUGGACAGGAUCAGUAGCUAGUACUUUGAAUUGAUAUGUAAGAAAUACUUUAACAAUUGGGUACCCUAUUUCUAGUUUCGGUGUGUUUUGGCAAUGUAUGACAAUGAUGUGCUA